UAGCACAAAAACAAACUGCUUCUAUCCUUUCCAGCGCAUAACGUUGUUGCUGAAGCACGUGGCAAAGAGUGUAAUUGUUGAAUUUAAAGCAAAAUACAAGUGUAAUCACAAUGCCUCUUGCAAAAGAUCUUCUUCAUCCAAGUCCAGCUGAGGAGAAAAGAAAACAUAAGCUAAAAAGGCUGGUACAAAAGCCAAACAGCUAUUUCAUGGAUGUUAAAUGUCCUGGAUGCUAUGCCAUCAAAACGAUAUUUUCACAUGCACAGAGAUCAGUAGAAUGUGACGGUUGUCGUACAAUAUUGUGCACAUCUACAGGUGGCAAAGCUCGGUUAACAGAAGGUUGCUCUUUUAGAAGAAAGGUUCAAUGUUAAUGUAACAAUAACUAAAACGAUAUGAUGUGUACACAUUUCUCUUUAUAUUAAACAAAUAAAAAUUAUUAUAUAACCAUA